AUGGCGCUGUGGCGGGGGCUGCGCUGCUGCCGCCGCGCCUUCGCCUGGCUGCCCGUGCUGCUCAUCGCGCUGCUCCUGCUCUGGUCCUACUACGGAUACGUCUGCGAACUCUGCCUCGUGGCCUAUCUUGUAGUAUUCCAUAUUCUCUUUGUGCUCUUUGUGUGGACAUAUUGGAAGUCUGUUUUCACUCUCCCGAUACAACCAGGCAAAAAGUUCCACAUGUCCUACGCUGACCAGGAGCGCUAUGAGAACGAGGAGAGGCCGGAGGUGCAGCGGCAGAUCCUCGCCGAGAUCGCCAGGAAGCUGCCGGUGUACACCAGGACAGGGAAUGGAGGGAUCCGGUUCUGUGACAGAUGCCAGCUGAUCAAACCUGAUCGUUGUCACCAUUGCUCUGUUUGUGCCAUGUGUGUGCUGAAAAUGGAUCAUCACUGUCCAUGGGUGAAUAACUGCAUUGGAUUUUCUAACUACAAAUUCUUUCUACUGUUCUUAGCCUAUUCUUUGUUGUAUUGCUUGUAUAUUGCUGCAACAGUCUUCAAGUAUUUCAUUAAGUAUUGGACAGGUGAGCUGACCAAUGGACGUUCCAAAUUUCACAUCCUUUUCCUUCUCUUUGUGGCAAUCAUGUUCUUUGUAAGCCUCAUGUUUCUGUUUGGCUACCACUGCUGGCUCGUCAGCAGGAACAGAUCCACUCUAGAGGCUUUCUCAGCUCCAGUGUUUCAAAAUGGCCCUGAUAAAAAUGGAUUCAAUCUUGGCUUUGUGAAGAAUCUCCAGCAAGUGUUUGGGGAAGAAAAAAAGCUCUGGUUGCUGCCUAUUGCCUCUAGCCAGGGGGAUGGACAUUUUUUCCCAAUGAGAGCCUUGAGUGAAGCUCGGAACCCUCUCCUGACAAAUGAGGAGCAGUGGGAAGAAGAUGGAGUAGAUGAAGAGCCUCAGGGUAAGGAAAUCAGUGAAAUUAGUUGUCUUGACCUACAGUGGCCAAUAGCUGAAUUAUAAGAGCUAAUCAAAUUUUAAAAAACGUGUUGGUUAAGUCCCUGAGCAGCUCUGAGUUGAUUAAGGAGCACAGACUAAAAAUAAGUCUGCUUUGGAAACAAUUAUUUCUCUUUUUUUAGCAACUUUCUACUCGCAAGUGAAUGAACUUAGAGGGUGUUUCAAGAGUUCAAGAAACUGGAGUUGCCACAAAUUGAGAGUAUUUACAUGUAAAUGUUGCUGCAUGCAGCACAGUAAUUUGGGACAUAAAGUGAUUACCUGCAAGAAGGAGAAUAUUUAGAUUUUUUUUUUUUAAGUGUAUUUAUCCUCUGAGAGUAUGUAAAAACAGGCAUGCAAACACCUGACUGCAGGGAUACAUUUAGGAACUUGCUUUAUACUUUGUCCAGCUUUAUUGCCAGAAUAAAUUUACCUGCUCUCCCUGGUUGGUUCUAUACAUUUUGGUACU